UGGUUAUUUUUAGCAGCGCAAAUGGGACGGUGCCUUGAUUUAAUCUGUUUUUAAAUGUCUGGAGUUUUUUUCUCGAAGGCUGAAGGCACUUGUUGCUGAAGGUGAAAAUCGACUCGAGGUUUUGCGUUUGCGCCCUUCACUGUGUUUUUGUUUUGGCCGCUCACGGGAGAAAGCCGAAUAAACUCGAGAUGUGUUUCUGUUAAACUCCCGCCCCCAUUCCACCAUCACAACCUCCUCGCCCCUCCCCGACUCUUGCCUUUUCGUCUUCCCGCUUCUGCGCACCUCGACCCGGCCUAAACUGCCUGCUUCGAAUCGACAGCCCCCCGUCGCAACACGACUAGCAUGUCGGAAUACAGCGCGGUGCCUCAGCCCGGGGCUGGAGCACCUCUCGGUGGGCAGUCAGCCCUGGGGGUCGGUGGCGGGAUAAAGAAAGAUGCCUUUGCAGACGCGGUACAGCGAGCUCGCCAGAUCGCGGCGAAGAUCGGUGGAGAUGCAGGAGGAGGGGCCCCCUCUAUGAACAACAGUAGCCCUGUAGAGAGCUUCCCCUUCACAGCACAGAAACGGCAGCUGGAGGACGCAGAACAGCCAGACAGCAAGAAAAUGGCCCCUCAGAGUGACCGGGACACUGCCACCGCUCUGUCCAUCGGAGCCCAGCUGGCAGCCCUGGCCCAACAGAGUCGGCCAACAACCACCACAGAAGACUACAGUGUCCCUGAUGGCAUGGUCGGACUCAUUAUUGGUCGAGGAGGAGAGCAGAUCAAUAAGAUCCAGCAGGACUCUGGCUGCAAGGUCCAGAUCGCGCCAGACAGCGGAGGUCUUCCAGAAAGGAGUGUUUCUCUCACAGGGUCUCCAGACUCCAUACAGAAAGCGAAAAUGCUCCUGGACGAGAUCGUGUCCCGGGGCAGGGGCACGCCCCCGUCCUCCUUCCACGAGUCCACCAACGGCCAGAGCGGCUCCGUCCAGGAGAUGAUGAUCCCGGCGGGGAAGGCGGGGCUCAUCAUCGGGAAGGGAGGAGAGACCAUCAAACAGCUGCAGGAGCGGGCGGGGGUGAAGAUGAUUCUGAUCCAGGACGGGUCCCAAUGUCCCAACGUGGACAAACCCUUGCGCAUCAUCGGAGAGCCCUACAAAGUGCAGCAUGCGAGGGAGCUGGUGCAGGAGAUCCUGUGUGAGAAAGACCACCCAGGAUUUGGGGAGCGGAGCGAGUACGGGUCCCGCAUGGGGGGAGGCGGAAUCGACGUCCCCGUCCCGCGCCACUCGGUCGGCGUGGUGAUUGGCCGCAACGGAGAAAUGAUUAAGAAGAUUCAAAAUGACGCCGGCGUGAGGAUACAGUUUAAACCAGACGACGGCGUGGGUCCGGACAAAGUGGCGCACAUCAUGGGCCCCCCCGAGCGCUGUGACCAUGCCGCCCGCAUCAUCACCGACCUGCUGCAGAGCAUCCGGGCCCGAGAGGAAGGACAGGGGGGCCCCCCGGGGCCGCCCGGUCCUGGAAUGCCCCCGGGCAGGGGUAGGGGCCGGGGACAGGGCAACUGGGGCCCCCCUGGGGGGGAGGUGACCUUCUCCAUCCCCAGCCACAAGUGCGGCCUGGUGAUCGGGCGGGGCGGGGAGAACGUCAAGGCCAUCAACCAGCAGACGGGCGCCUUCGUGGAGAUCUCCCGCCAGCUGCCCCCCAACGGAGACCCCAACUUCAAGCUCUUCAUCAUCCGGGGCUCCCCGCAGCAGAUCGACCACGCCAAGCAGCUCAUUGAGGACAAAAUCGAGGGCCCGCUCUGUCCUGUGGGCCCUGGUCCCGGUGGCCCCGGCCCCUCCGGUCCUAUGGGCCCCUACAACCCAAAUCCCUACAACCAGGGGCCUCCCGGAGGUCCUGGCCCACACGGCCCCCCGCCUCCUCAUCAGUACCCCCCCCAGGGCUGGGGUAACGCGUACCAGCAGUGGCAGCCCCCGGGACCCCACGACCCCAGUAAGGCGGCUGCGGCGGACCCCAAUGCCGCCUGGGCCGCGUACUACGCCCAGUAUUACCAGCAGCCCCCCGGCGCGGUGCCCGGGCAGCCCCCUGCCGCGCCCUCAGGUGCCCCCGCCCCCGCCGAGCAGCCCCAGGCCGGGCAGACCCCUGGGGGCCCGCCGGACUACACCAAGGCCUGGGAGGAGUACUACAAAAAGAUGGCUCAGGCAGGUGGUGGUGCACAGGCCAGCGGCAGGCCUGUCGGCGGCUAG